GCGGUACUUCCCGGCUGGUCCUGCGUCCAGCCGCCAUUCCCGAGGCCGCACAGCCAGCCCAGAGUUUCCUGUGGGCGUUUCCUCCUCUUCACUUCAGGACGCCUCGCCGGAUGGUGAGGAGCGGGCGGGCGGGCGCCUCGCACUGUUGAAGUCUUUCAAGUGCAGUUCUACGGCGUGUGACAGAAGAUGGAAGUGUGUCAGGAAUUGAGGAAACCAGCGCUAAGCCUGGAGUGUGGGCACUGCAGUUUCAGAGGCACCGAUUAUGAGAAUGUGCAGCUCCACAUGGGCUCCAUUCAUCCUGAGUUCUGUGAUGAUAUGGAUGCCGGGGGCCUGGGCAAGCUCAUCUUUUACCAGAAGAGUGCAAAGCUCUUCCAUUGCCAUAAGUGCUUCUUCACCAGCAAGCUGUACGCCAAUGUGUACUAUCACAUCACGGCCAGACACGCAGCCUCGGACAAGUGGAGUGAGCAGCCGAAAGAGCAGCCGAGCAAAGACACCGAGUCUGGGAAAAGCCCUUCCCCUCCUGAGCGGCAGAACCCAGCCUUUGACCCAGCAGAGGCGAGGCCCACUCCAGCCCUCCCCAUGGAAGCACAGAAAACGAGCCCGAGCUUGUGUCCAGAGUCACAGGCUUCUGGUCCUCCAGUUCUGGAGCCUCAGGGCGCUGGUCCUCUUAUUUCGCCCGAGCCCCAAGCCCCUUGUCUUCCUGCUGAGGCCUCAAAAGCUGCUCCUGUUCCUUGCCCUGAGCGUGUAGACCCACCCUGUGAGCUUCCUGAGCUGGAGAAGCCUGAGCGAGGCCCUUCUCCUGAGUCAGUCAAGUCUGCUCUUGUCAGCUCCAAACCCCCAAAGCACUCUUCCUUUGCAGACACAGGGGCUGCCCCUUCAGCUUUGUCUCCAGAGUCACCAGUACUGGCCACUUCCCCUGAACCUUGGGGACCAUCCCUCAGUGCAUCUCCAGAGUCUCGGAAGCCAGCGAGGACUGCCUCCCCUGAGCCAAGGAAGCCAUCCCCAGCAGAGUCUCCUGAACUUUGGAAGCCAUUCCCUGCCAUCGCUUCAGAGCCUCGGAGACCAACCCCAGCAGUGUCGCCAGGUUCCUGGAAGCCAGGGCCGCCUGGUUCUCCUAGGCCUUGGAAAUCCAGUCCUUCAGCAACAUCAGGACCGUGGAAGUCAUCUAAACCUGUUCAACCUAUGUCUCCUGGACCUUGGAAACCAAUACCUUCUGUAUCACCUGGGCCUUGGAAACCUGCCCCAUCUAUGUCCACUGCAUCCUGGAAGUCUUCAGUCUCAUCUGGUUCCUGGAAAACACCACCCACAUCUCCAGAGUCAUGGAAGUCUGGCCCACCUGAACUCCGGAAGACAGCCCUUCCCUUGUCUCCUGAGCACUGGAAGGCAGUGCCUCCCGUGUCUCCUGAGCUCCGCAGACCAGGCCCACCACUUUCCCCAGAGAUCCGAAGUCCAGCAGGUUCUCCAGAGCUCAAGAAGCCUUCAAGCUCACCAGACCUUUGGAAGGUUUCUCCUGACCAGCGGAAAACUUCUCCUGCUUCACUUGAUUUCCCUGAGCCCCAGAAAAGUUCUUGUGGUAGUCCUCCUGAUCUCUGGAAGUCUUCCUUCAUUAUGGAGUCUCAGAAACCUAACGUCUUCUCUGAGACGAGGAAGCACACUGCUUCGGGCUCAUCUGAGUCACCGAAGGUAGCGUCAGACAUAUGGAAGCCUGUCUUGUCUAUCGAUGCUGAGCCUAGGAAGUCCACACUGUUUCCUGAGCCCACCAAAGCAGUCCUUCCUGCUUCUCCCGAGCCACGGAAACGCGCACUUUUCCCAGAGUCCCGGAAGCACGUGUUUCUACCUGAACUUCCCAAAUCCGCUGUGUUCUCAGACGCCCAGAAGGCCCCUGAGCUUAGUGAGGAGAUACAACUUGAAGCUGUGGAUAAUGCAAAAUGCGAUAGUCUGGCCCAGGAAGGGCUUCUGGCCACCCCCAAGAAACUGUUAGACGAGGCUUUAUCUCCUUCUUCAAAGAAGCUCAAGAAGGACAGCCAGGAGAACUCGGAUGCCGAGCUCAGUAGCAGUGAAUACAUCAGAGCAGAUUUAGACACGUUGGACACGAAGGGCCAGGAGUCAAGCAGCGAUCAGGAACAGGUGGAUGUGGAAUCGAUUGAUUUUAGCAAAGAGAACAAAAUGGAGAUGGGUAGUACAGAGCAAGCCAAAAAUGUGCUUCAGUUCACCGAGGAGAAGGAGGCCUUCAUCUCUGAGGAGGAGAUCGCAAAGUACAUGAAGCGUGGGAAAGGGAAAUACUACUGCAAAAUCUGUUGCUGUCGGGCCAUGAAAAAGGGCGCUGUCUUGCACCACUUGGUUAAUAAGCACAAUGUCCACAGUCCAUAUAAGUGCACAAUUUGUGGAAAAGCGUUUCUUUUGGAGUCUCUUCUUAAAAACCACGUAGCAGCCCACGGGCAGAGUUUACUUAAAUGUCCACGCUGUAAUUUUGAAUCAAAUUUCCCAAGAGGCUUUAAGAAACACUUAACUCACUGUCAGAGCCGGCAUAAUGAAGAGGUGAAUAAGAAGCUGAUGGAAGCCCUGGAGUCGCCAUUGGAGGAGCAGCAGAUUUGAUCUUCAGACAGUGGCCCUUGCUCUACAGUGUUGCUUGCCAGACUCUUAGGUUGUUGAGUAGCCUAGAUGGACCAGUAGCCAGUAUGUGUGUAGUGGUGUAUCCUGGUCUGUAAGUAGUGUUACAAAAAAUAAGUACUUGGUUAUUUUUUCAUAUGAUCCGUUGUUUAUGUGGAUGGCUAUUUUAUAAGUCUUAAUACAUUUCUGUUAUAGAUUCCAGAUGGAUAUAACUCAUUUUCCUUAAGUUUUAUUUUUGUUAUAAUACAAGGAGUGGGGGAAAAUAGGCAGGCCAUUUAAUAAACAAGUAAGUUUAAACCUAAUCAGAGUCUUUGUCCUCCACCAUGUGUGUGUGUGUAACUGAUUUCAGAACAUAGAACUUAUUAGAUGAGGGCUCAGUGGUAGAGCCUCGACUAGCAUGUUUUGCAUACUUAUCAGUUCCAGGGUUCUAUCCCCAAUACCUUUAAAAAAAAAAAGUGGAAUGUAUGAGAAUUGAGCAUGAAAAGUAAAUUUGAGAAAAAUUUUGUUAAAUGUACUUUUGAAACAUGUCUUAUAUCUUAUUUUUUCAUGUAAAAUUAGUUUAUAAGUCUUUAAUACUUUCAUGAUGAUCAUUAAUGCUGUUACAGAGCGGCACUUCUCGCCCUGGGGGUAGAAUGACCCUUUCACAGAAAGCAGAGAUAUUACAUAAUGGUGAUAGCAAAGUUAGUUAUAAAGCAGCAAUGAAAAUGUGAUGGUUGGAGGGGCCACCAUUACAUGAGGAACUGUAUUGAAGGGUCACAGCGUUAGGAAAGUCGAGAAUGCUGUUGAAGAGAGUUGGAGUCUUAGAGCCGCUGGUUUUCUGCUGCUAGGACAACUGAGUGGGUUUGCAAAGCAGUGUUGGUAUUUUCUGCAGGCUGAGAAGACCACAUGAUUAAGGCCACCGCUUCCCUCUAGUUGUUUGCAAUGGCGUCUUCCUUGUGGGGUCUUGCCCUUCACGUCCCUGCCUGAUCACAUCAACAGAUGGUCUUCACUUGCCAAACGUGUUAGUGUCUGUACCUCCUACCCUGGGUCUUAUGUGCUUUCUGUCGGGUGGGGCUUGAGACCCAAGUAAUGAGCAGGAGCUCAAAGUCUUCCAGAUUGACAGUAAAAGGUUAAUAAACAGCGCUGGUGCGGCAGCCAGCGAUCCACACUGGAUGCCGACUUGGUUGGUUGGGAGCUGAAUUGAUGAGGGCUCACUGUAUCUCACCGUGGGCAGCACAGUGAAGCCCUGCCUCAAAAGCAUUCCUGUCUGAAAGACAUGUCGCUUUGGUUUCACAUGGUUUUGCCAUUGUAAAUACCUUGUAUCUCUCUGUGGAUUAUUCUAAUAGUUUGUUAAAUGUGUAUCAACCAAAUUAAAAAGGCUUUCACGAUAA